AUGGCAUCUGACGAGGCUGCACCGCCAACCCCGAACAAAUUGGAGGUAGCGCUCUUCCUUGCUUGCAGUCAGGGCUACGACACAAUCGUGCGAUUGCUGCUCAGCACGCCAGGCGUGAACUUGAAUUGUACAGACCAAGAUAACCGAACACCGAUCGCGUGGGCAGCAGCAGAAGGCCAUGAGAAUGUAGUCCAACUGUUGCUUGAGACGGGGGGUCUGGAGCUCAAUUCGCAAGACUCCAAGCAUGGGCUAUCCCCGCUUUGCGCUGCCGCCAAAAACGGACAUACCGGGGUUGUGCGUCGGCUAAUAGAGUGCCCCGAGGUGGACAUUGACCUCCCGGAUUCCAAUGGCCAAACGCCCUUAUCGUGGGCUGUCGAGAAUGGCCACUCAGCGGUGGCUCAACUACUUGUCGCCAGUGGGAGUGACCCAAACACCCCCGAUCCCAGUGGAGUGACUCCAUUGUCUUGUGCUGUGGCAAAGGGAAACCAUGAGAUAGUCAAGGCCUUGCUCGACACUGGCGAUGUCGAUGUUAAUGCCUGUCACCCAAACGGGCUCGCUCCGCUCUGCGAUGCAAUGAACCAAGGAAACGUGGAGAUUGUGAAGCUGCUGCUAGACCGCAAAGACCUUGAUCCGAACAAGACGGACACGGACGGCUACGCACCACUGUCACGAGCCGUCCAGAAGAAGUCUCGAGAACUGACGCAAUUACUCCUCAAGCGUGAUGAUCUCGACCCCAACGUUAUUAGCCCCGAUGAAGAGACACCCCUGUGCCGCGCGGUGGAAAAGGAUCACGAUGAUAUAGUGAAGAUGCUUAUUGCCCGCCCUGAUCUUGACCCCAACACCCCGAACUCUGACGGAGAGACUCCGUUAUUUUACGCCGUAGCCACAGCCAAUCAUGUAAUGGUUCAGCUUCUCCUGGCGCAUAGUAACAUUGACCCGGACAUUCCAGACCAUCACGACCAAACGCCCUUGUCUUGUGCUGUCGAGCGGGAAGAACCCGAAAUAGUAAAGCACCUGCUAAAGGCUAGGGCUAGCACUAGUGUUGUGGACAAAGAUGGCCGGAUGCCGCUCUCGCGUGCCGUGGAGAAGGUAAACCCGGAGAUGGCGAGGCUGUUGCUGAGGGCCAAGGCCGAUCCGGAUGCCGCCGAUGUGACAGGACGGACGCCCUUGUCAUACGCUGUCGAGACGGGGCACCCGGACAUAGUGCGGUGGCUUAUCAAAGCCAAGGCCGAUCCCAACCUGGCCGACGAAGAUGGAAGACUACCCCUGUCAUUCGCCGUGGAACGAGGAGAGCCGGAUAUAGUCUUUAUGCUGCUCAAAGCGCGAGCAGACCCGGACCUAGUGGAUGACCACGGAAGGGGCGCAUUGUCACUUGCCGUGGAGAAAGGCAAUAUAGAUAUUGUGCAAAUGGUGAUCAAGGCCAAGGCGAAGCUCGACCAAAGGGACAAGAGAGGACGGACUCCACUCCUAUGGGCAGCGGACAAAGGGCACAUGGAAGCAGUAUGGGCGCUGCUCGCCAACAAAGUCAACGUCGACUCCCCCGAUAAAAACGGCUGUACCCCGCUAUGGUGGGCAGCUCGACACGGCCACUUGCCCGUUGUGCGGCUGUUGAUACGGAAUGGGGCAGACAAGGAAGUUCACCCGGAACUGGAUGAAGAUGGAACGAGAUCCGGAAACCCAUUAUUCCAGGCUGGGCGCAAGGGCCAUGUGGACGUGGUAAAGUACCUGCUGAAGAAAGGCGCCGACGUCAACGCGCCAAACGGCGAACAAGAAGUCACGCUCCUGCUGUCCCUCAUCGCGAAUGAUCGCACCAAGCGCGGCAGAGAAGUCAUCGGCCUGCUCCUGCAAAAAGACGCAGAUGUCAAUUUACCGGACAAGCUCGGCCAAACCCCUCUCGACAUCGCAGCCAAACACAGCGACGUGGAGCUAAUGAAAGCGCUCAUCGAGCACGGAGCCGAAAUCGACUCCGUCACAGAGGAAGGCUCAACACCGCUCCACCGCGCCAUCAUCAACGAGCGCGAAGACAUUGCCGAGAUGCUCCUUGACCACGAAGCCGACCCGGAAGCCCAAGACCAGCAGGGCAACGCACCGCUGCACUUUGCGGUCAUGACCGGCCGCCGCAAGAUGGUCGAGAUGCUUCUAGCAAAAGAAGUUGACAUCAACAUCACCAACUUCGUCGGCGAAACCCCACUGCACAAGGCCGUUGCCGCCGGCCACCGGAAAAUGGUAGAGCUCCUGCUGCAGAACGGCGCCGACAUCGAAAUCCGCGACGACUACCGACGGACGGCACUGCACAAGGCCAUCGGCGCAAAGCACCACGUCAUGAGACUGCUGGUGAACAAGGAUGCCGACGUCCACGCAAAGGACAUGUACGGCAAGACGGCGCUCCAUUUGGCAUCGGAGUCUGGGUAUAAAGAUGACGUGCACUUCCUCAUGGGCCAUGGUGCCUCGACGGAUGGGCGAGACGGGAACGGACGGACGGCCCAGGAUCUGGCUCGGAUUGCAGGACAUGACGAGGUCGCUGAGCUUUUCAACAAGAUGGCGCUGGUUUUGGCGGACCAGCAGGCGUCGUCGUCGCCCCCGUCCCCGCCUGGGUAA